AUGGUUGGUCUUAAUACGCAUCAUGCUACCGGGACAGAACUUUCCGUUGAUGGACAGCAAUAUAUAAGCGAUACAGAUAAUUUUGAGAUAGAAGAUGUGGGCGAAGUCGAAGCAGAUGAUUUGGAAUUGGAUUUGCGGGAUCCCGAAACGUUUCCCUUAAUUUUGACAUCCCUUUGGAUGAAUACCGCGUUGUGCGCAUUGGAUGGUACGAUUGUCUCGACGACGAUGAAUGAGAUAGCGUCGCGAUAUCAAAAGGCUUCGCUGGUGACUUGGGUGGCGACUGCUUACAUGCUCAGUACAUGCUCGGUUCAGCCGUUGUACGGUAAGAUAAGUGAUAUUGUGGGUCGCAGGAAAUGUCUUUUGUUUGCGGAAAUUGUAUUUACAGUUGGAAUUGCACUUUGCGGGCUAUCAAGCUCGCUUGAGGGGCUUAUCGUAGCGAGAGCCAUUAGUGGGAUUGGUGGUUCGGGUCUGGGAGCGAUGUGUAACAUCAUUCUGUCAGAUAUGGCGCCGUUAUCGGAAAGGUCGGUUUACAUGGGAUGGGGAUCCGUGAUUUGGGGGUGUGCACAGAGUAUAGGAGGUCCAUUAGGUGGUGCAUUGCUUACAUGGUUUGGUAUUCGCGGCCUCUUCGUUGUACAAUUACCGUUUUGUCUGUGGAGUAUCUAUUUAACCACUAAGCACAUUUUUGAUUCACCGGGCGUCGCAAAAGGUUCCUGGCGUGAUAUUGAUUUCAAAGGCAGUAUUUUCCUCAUGGGAGCUAUCGCUUCCUUCAUAUUUUCUUGUACAGUUCGCGGGCCAGCAAACAACACAUCGCUGUUGUUCAAUCAAGCCUUCACAAUCGCGCUGACAAUAGCGUUCUCAGCGGGUUUCAUUUAUGUCGAGAAAAACAACACUAAGCAAAGCAUACUGCCCAUGUCUGUUUUGAAGGGAUCGCUGGGUCUGGUUGGUUUCAUAUUCGGACUCUCGUCGAUGCUAGGUUACGUCGGGUUAUACAUUGUGCCCUUGUAUCUGCAACUUGUGUGGGGUUCCAGUAUCACGAAAUCUGGAGGUUACGUGGUUUACGCUGUAAUAUCGACUUCGGCAGGAUCCUUUGUGUGUGGCUGGUUCUUGAGAAAGUUCACCGAUGCGAGCCGACAAAGCACAUUAAACAACGCCGGAUUAAUGCUAGUGUUUACGACUCUAAUUGGUGUUUUAGGUUGUUCUUUAAUGCUUAAGUUUCUUAUACAGAUCGAGCCUGGCAUCGGGGAAAACCAAGGCAUUUCUGCAUCGCAGAGAUUUUGGUUCAUUACUGGUUUCAUUAUCAUGGGGUUGACUCAAGGUUGCCAAAGUGUUUCUGUCAUGCUAUACAACGUAGCAAAGGUGGGCAAAAAAGGUCAAGCAGCUUCAACCAGCGUGACCUUCCUGUCGAGAUCACUUGGAAAUGUAUUAGGAGUCUCUUUGGCGUUAGGAAUAUUCACUUCGUCAUUGAAGCGCGAAUUAAAUGAAUUUUUAGCCGGUGACAACCCAGAACUAUAUUUCAAAUUGAUCGAGAAUAGUGCGUCGGUCAGAACUUUUUUAAUUCCCACACAGCAGAUGUUGCAAAUCCUCCUGAUAUUUAAGGACGCGCUGGUCAAAGCCUUCUUGCCAUGCAUCCUUUGCAAUAUAUUAAGUGUCAUCACUGCAUGGUCCCUCUACAGCGUUGUAGUGCGUUCGAGACGCCAGAAACGCUGA